CAGCUUGCUGGGAGGAGGAAAGUAGUAAACGGCCGGCCCCAGCCAGAGCAGCCCAGACAGAGGAGAGAAAGAAAUCUCGCCAGGCAAGGUUGCGGGGCAGGGCUGGCCGAGGAAGCAGGGCUCCCGUGCGGGGCAGAACCAAUCGGCGCCAUGGCUGGUGGUCAUGAGCCAUACAUCGAAAUACGUGAGCAGCCUAGACAAAGAGGCAUGCGUUUCCGUUACCAGUGUGAGGGACGAUCAGCUGGCAGCAUUCUAGGCGAGCACAGCACUGAUAUCAACCGGACUUUCCCAACUAUACAGAUUUUUAACUACUUUGGGAAAAUAAAAAUUAGAGUAACGUUGGUAACCAAGAAUGAGCCCUACAGGCCGCAUCCCCACCGGCUGGUUGGAAAAGAUUGUGAAAAAAGCUACUAUGAAGCGGAAUUUGGGCCAGACCGCAGAGUCUUGAGCUAUCAAAGCACAGGCUGCAUAUGCUCUUGGAGAAAGGAAAUCAGGCUCUGCAUGCACACACAAAUUUCAGUCAGAAUGACAGACUUUCAGUUGAGAGAAGAUCAGCUGCUGGCCAUUGAAGAAUAUGACCUCAACGUGGUGAGGCUCUGCUUUCAAGGUUUCCUCCCUAACGAACAUGGCAAUUUCACCUUAGCACUUCCUCCAGUCAUCUCAAACCCUGUUUACGACAAUAGAGCUCCAAAAUCAGCAGAACUGAGAAUCUGCCGUGUGAACAAGAAUUGCGGAACUGUGAAAGGAGCAGAUGAAAUUUUUCUUCUGUGUGACAAAGUUCAGAAAGAUGAUAUAGAAGUCAGAUUUUCCAAUAAUGAAUGGGAAGCCAAGGGAAUCUUCUCACAAGCUGAUGUGCACCGCCAAGUAGCCAUUGUCUUCAGGACCCCUCCCUUUUACAAAGACAUCACCGAGCCAGUGACCGUGAAGAUGCAGCUGCGGAGACCCUCAGAUCAAGAAGUCAGCGACCCAAUGGAUUUCAGAUACCUGCCAGAGGAAAAAGAUCCGUAUGGCAAUAAGGCAAAAAGACAGAGGUCCACAAUGGCUUUACAGAAGCUCAUACAAGAUUGUGAUCAAAGUGUAUGUGAGAGGUCUAAAGCUGUUGCUUUCCAAACUGCUGCCGCUGAAGGAAAGAUUAUUAAAAAAGAACUGAAUAUGUAUCAAUCCCAAAUUGAAACUGUGGUUCCAGUGCAGAAUGCAUCUGUGAACAGAUCUCCAGUACUGUCAUACUAUUCUCAACCAAUGAGCAAUUCAAAUGGGUGCCCAGCUCCAGCCCUGCAGAUGACAGAGUCCUUUAAGCAGGAUGCAGCUCUUUCCCCAUGCUGGCGUUCUUCCUCUGCAAUUCAGCCAGUCAACAUGAUGGUGGAUCCCUUGCAUCCUAGGACACAGAAUGGGAGUGCAGCCUCCACAGGGCAGGAAAAUGGCAACAACUGGGCCAAUCAAACAGGUGUAUACAGAGGAUAUUUUGAUGCAACAAAUAGCCAAAGGUCAUCACCGUUAUCAGUUUCCCCACAAGAUAUUUUGAAUGUCUCUGGGACUGUCGCUCACCAAUCUGUUCAGCAUGUGAAUAUCCCACUAUCCGAUGGUGUUAACAUGGAGAUGGAGGAUCCUAGAUGUUCAAGCGUAACGCUGGAGUCCCUCACUCAAGUUUUAAAUCCAAGCAAUCACAGGAAACUAGGCCAGACAGCAUCACAUGCCAGUGCAUCAGUAGCUGCUUCUUGUAAUAUGUCUUUGAGUUCCAUGUCCAGUGCAUUUGAACGAAAUUCCUACCAAUUUCUGAACAGCCUUGAUAAAUCAAGCCUACCCAGCAACCCCAAUCUUCAGAAUCAAGUAAAUGGUCCAAGUAACCAGUAUUUCAGUCCAUACAUUGGCCAAGACGAGCUCCUUAACUCCUUUGGAGACCACUUUGAUGCCAUGCUUUAAAACUUAAGGAAUUCAGGUUGCCAGUGAUUUAUCUAAAUAGAAGUAUUAAUUUUUCCACCUAAGUGCUGUGAUGAUGUAGUAAUCCACCUCUGGUUUGUAGUAUUAAAAGAAAAGAAAAUGAUUUUUAGGAUUACACAGUGAAGAAAAACUAAGUUAAGGAGUCAUGUUUGGGAAGAAAACCUGGGAGAGUGGAACAGUUUUUAACCUUGUUUUUGUAAAAAGUAAUGUUUGUGUUCUUGUGCUGCUGCAGGAAAUUGUUGGAAAGGCAGGUGACAGUUUCUGUUCUAAGACUAGACCGUAUUCAAGUAACCCAGUGAACACCUGUGAUUGUUUCAAUUGUAAUUUAAACUUAGGGUUUUUUGCGUCUUGAAAAAUUCCAUUGAGGAACUGAAUGUGGAUUGAAAGUGCAUUAUUCAGCAUGUGUGAAAGCACAUAAUGUUUCAGGAGCUCUUGUGCCUCUCAAGCAAGUGUUAAUCAUGUUCCACAACUUUGAGACCCAGAUAAGGAUGUGCAAACUCCAUCUGCAUGGAAAGAUUUGUGCAGCCUUUUCUCAGAGUCUGGAUGGGCAGGAGCUGUGGCCUGUACACUUCCAAGUAGCUAAAUGUGGUCCCCGCCUCCUGACAUUUGAAUGAGAUCCAAAUUCCAUUUAACUGUUAUAUUUAACUGUUAUAUAUGUGUGUAUUUUAUACAUGUUCACUCAUUUCAGAAGGAACAUGUUGGAGUUUUGGCUUCUGGUUUAUGUUGUUUAGAGUCACCAGACCUGCAUGUGCUCUGAACAAAUGGCAUAUGUUCAGUGGUGGGAUCCAAAAAUUUUAAUAACAGGUUCCGAUGGUGGUGGGAUUCAAACAGUGGCACCGCCGCACACACGCACCUCCAGUCCCUAUUGGGCAGGGAGGUUGCUUUAGUAACCCCUUCUCGGCACUCAGAAAAAAUUAGUAACCACUUCUAGAGAAGUGGUGAGAACUGGUUGGAUCCCACCUCUGCAUAUAUUUCAUUCUAUAAAACUGUGAGGCAGGUUUCUUUCAAAUAAGAAGGUACUCAUCAGUUCAAAAUGUUACUGCUGAGAUGAGUUCUUAUUCUUAGUGUGUUGGCCACAUGGACUCCUUGUUCAUUGGGCAUUAUGUAGUUAA